ACGCUGAGGAAGCACCGUGUUGGGAAUAUUUGCUAAUCGUGUUUGCCCACAUGUUUCAUUUCCUAAUAUACGGUGUCCUUUUACACCACAGAUGUUUUGAGGCACUGGCCGUGGGAGCUGGAGCGCGCUUGGAGAUGGCGCUGUGCGCAGAGUGAGCAGCCCGGAGUUCCGCACAGCGCAGACUCAUAGCACGCGCACACCUCAGACACGGACUGGGUUUUCUUCUUGGAUUACACGCGGAAUUUCACUGCAACAUGCACACACCGGACUCGGUGUGACACAGGACGUGUUUGUGUGUGUGUGUGUGUGAGUGAGUGUGUGUGUGUGUGUGUGUGUGCGCGGGGGUUUUGUCGGAGGACGCUCGUGUAAAGGAGUAAACUUUUUUCUGAAGUUUUCUUUGCUGAGGUUUUUUGGAUCGCGGUGACUUUGUGAUACGGAUGUUUUCCCCAAGCGGAGAAUGAACGAGGACGGCGAUAAGGAGGCGGUUGCGGUGCCGAGGAAGCACCGACUCAUGUCCGCGGUGCACGGAGGUGCGUCUCCCGGUCUCGCGUGCAGACCGGGUCGCGUGCCGAACGGCGUCUUGUUGGUGCACUGCUUCAUAUGCGGCAGCGGAGUGACGCCGGGAAAGGAGCUGCAGAUGCAGGUUAAAUACCGGCACGGGAGCACGCCUUUCUUUCCGUUCUUGCAAGGCCAGGAGCCGGCACCGGGCGCCGCGGAGGUCGGCGCCGACGGGCACGCGCUGGUGUGCGCGGUGUGCCACUGCUUCCUGCGCGAGCAGUGGAAUGCGUUCGAGCGCACCCGCACGCCGCUCGACAAGCGUGUGUACUGGCUCAAGAGACCGCACCAGUGUGACGCGCGCCGCGCGCCCCGGGACUGGAACCCGACGCGGGACGCGGACGCCAGACCGAGCACGAGCGGCCUGAACGGAGACGGCGGCGACGAGUCAGAUUUCUCGUCGUUCUCGGACAACGAGCACGCGUCGGAUCAAGACUCGGAUGCCGCAGACAGGGGAGGAGGAGGAGGAGUAGAGGAGAAAGGAAAGUGCCUCAAAGUUCCCGCUGCCGGUAGAGCGUGCAAGGACGGCGCCGGGAUUAAAAGCAGUUCCGAUUUGCACAGCGCUGCGCGUUACAGGGUCGGUGUUUACAACACUCAGGACGCAGAGAAGUCUGAGAGCGCACUGCUGUCUGGCUCUGUCAUGAUGAAUCACGUGUCUCAGACGACGCUGGCACUGGCACGGCUCCACGGAAACCUGGCACGGCGAGAUUGUGAGAGCCCUUCCUGUGACACACCCACCCAGGAUGGUGGAAUUGUAAUGCGGGACAGAAGAAGCGGCUGGAACUCCAGGCUGCAGCAGCUGCUUUUCGGCCCUGGUGAGGAUAUUGCACAUGCACAUUCACAUGCACAUGCCAAAGCAGCCGGUCUUAACCAGCUGUGUGACUCGGACGCAUCUGAGGGUAAUGAGAUUAACGUAACAAGUGAUGAAGAGCGGGAGGAUGAGCGAAGAAGACAACAAGUUGGAUACCAGGUCAAGGACAGACACGUGUGCUACAUCUGCGGCAGCGGACUUCUCCCGGGCAUCCGCUUUGAAGUGUGUGUACAGAAGCAGGAGAGAGCUGCCACUGAGCCUUUCUUCCCCUUCCUGUGGCUGCACACACCACCGCCAGACGCUCUGCCGAUAAGCCCAGGGGGCCGCACGCUGGUCUGUGCCAGCUGCCAUGCUUCACUUAUGCAGCAGUGGCAGGGCUUUGAGCUGGCCGACGUACCCGUCCUGCAGCGUCUUUAUGUCGUGCCAGUUAACGUAGGUGCCACGACGUCCCCCAAUAUGGAUGGCAUCGGGUCUUUACCCAAAAUUCGCCCUGUUUCUUCUGUACAUCCUCCCAGGGAGGCCUGCUAUUUAUGCGGGCAGGACUGUGCCCAAGACAUCAGGGUGGCGUAUUCCCGUGCCGGUGUGGGCAAAGCCCGUGGUGCCAUGUACUUCCCAUUUAUCAACCUGCUUCCGUGCCCACCCAAAGCCCAAAGUAUGCGAGAUGGCCAGGUGCGCUGCUGCACCACCUGUUACACCAUCUUAGAGGACAUCUGGGCGGCAUACCGUCUCUGUCUUAGCGAGGAACUUAUUACUUCCGUCAGCACCUUCCUGGGGAGAUACCAUCAGACCACUUCUGCAGGUGGAGCCUCGAGCAGCCUUGUCCGAGCUCAGGAGAGCAUGUCUGCUUCCCUUCACCACACGUCUGUGUGUUACCUGUGCGGGAUGGAGCUCUCUGCAGGCACAGAGUACCAGCUUCACGUUAAUCCUCCUGGACGAUGCGGAGAGAAAGAGCCCUUCUUCCCUUUCCUGACCGUCCACACGCCGGCCCCUCGCGCCCGCCCCGCAGAUGCCACCGGCCUGGUUUCUGCUUGUUCACUGUGUUAUCAUGACCUGCUGGCACAGUGGGCGCAACACGAGGCUGCUGGAACAGGGCCCUCUAGCAGCCCCUGGUCACGUCAAUACAGCUGCGAGUCUUUUGUCUGCUUUUUCUGCAGGCAGGAGAAAAGGAGGGCGCUGGGGUUGAGGGCGGUCAACGUCGCACGAUUACCCGUCUUCCUCUAUGCUCCGCGGGUUAGCCACACUCUUGUGGUGGAUGAUGGGAAACAGCUAACCAUCGGUUCAUGUGUGGAAUGUAAGUCCAUGGUGUUGGCUGGACAGAACAUGCAGCAGGAUGGCACGCUGGACCGUGGAAGACCAGUAGGAACUAAGCAGAAGAGCUCCACGCUGGAAGAAUCGCCUGGGAGCGGUAAAGAGGAUGCUCAUCAACCGACUACUCCGCUGAGGGACGUUUCCCAGCAUGCCCUCGCUCUGUCUGGGGAAUCUGGACUCACCUUUACGAGUUCUCAUCACUCGAGCGAGGACAGAGUUCGAACACCUUCCAGCAUGAGCCAUGAGCCGAAGUCGCCCUCACUAGGCAUGAUCUCCACGGCGACGCGCACUACGGCGACGGUCAGCCCGCUCACACCGUCGCCCCUCAACGGCUCCAUCGUGGCCAAUGGCAGCCCGGCUGCUCAGUCUGCCCACUCUGGAUUCGCCGCCGCACUCCGCAAGCUGGCCAAGCAAGCCGAGGAGCCCCGAGCAGGUUCCUCUAUCAGUAGCGAGUCCUCCCCUGUCUCAUCUCCAGCCACAAACCAGAGCUCUCCAGUGAGCACACCCAAGCGCGGUCCCCUCGGCCCGGUCAUAGUGCCCCCUGGAGGCCACAGCGUGCCCAGCACCCCACCGGUGGUCACUAUCGCCCCUACCAAAACGGUCAACGGCCUGUGGAGGAGCGAGAGCCGCCCCGUACGAGAGUCAGAGUCGGGCCCCCGUGGUGUCAGUCGAGAGCGUUUGGCGCCUGAGGCUCAGGAAAAGGGCGGCCCUUCUGUUCCAGCCCACCUCAUAGGAAACCCGUAUGCGUUCGGCCUGACGUCUGGAUCUGUGAUGCAGGAUUCACGCUUUCAGCCCCUUAACAGCCUGCCAAGGCAAAUGCCCCAUGGCGUGCCCCCCGCCGGAGUACCAGAGGAGUACCUGCGCGGUUUCCGUCCGUACGCCACGGCCGAGGACCUGCGCAUGCCCUCACUGCCCCUGGGCCUGGACCCGGCCACUGCUGCAGCCGCUGCUGCUAAUUAUUAUCACCCCAGCUACCUGGUUCAUCCCUCGUUCUCCCAUUACAGGAUGGAUGAUCCUUUCUUGUCGGCACUGAGGUCUCCGUUUUAUCCUUUACCUGCAGGGGGCGCUCUGCCCCCACUGCACCCGUCUGCCGUGCCCAUGCACCUCCCAGGGGUGCGUUACCCUGGCGACCUCAGCCAUGCCUCGCUGUCCAGUCUGCAGUCUGAGAGGCUCCAGAUGGAAGAUGAGCUUCGUCAGAGAGAGAGAGAGCGCGAAAGAGAGCGCGAACGGGAAAAGGAGCGGGAGCGCGAGGCAGAACGAGAGAAAGAGCGAGAAAGAGAGAGGGAGCGAGAACGAGAGCGAGAGAAGGAGCUCGAGAGGGAAAGGGAGAGGGAGCGAGAGAGAGAAAGGGAGCGGGAGAGAGAGAAAGAAAGAGAGCGAGAGAGGGAGAGAGAGAGAGAGCUGGAGAGACAGAAGGAGAGAGCAGCACGAGAGAAGGAGCUGCAGGUGUCCAAGGCCAUGGAGGGACACUACCUGGCUGAGCUUCACGCUCUGAGAGGCCAGGCCGAGGAACGAGCGAAGGCUGCCGAGAGACUCACUCCCAACAGAGCAGAUAAAACCAAAGAGCCCACCCUUCCUGCUCCUAAACCAAUCCAGGCUGGCCUGCACUCUUCAAUAAGCUCCUCCCACCAUCCGGUGCCCACCCUGAUUUCCGCACACGGCAUGUACCUUGGACCAGGGGGGACGGGACCCGGGGCUCUGACGCCCGCCAUGAUUCUGCAGCGCAACAAUGAGGAGGAGCGGUGGCUGGCUCGGCAGAGGAAACUACGGCAGGAGAAAGAGGACAGACAAUACCAAGUGUCCGAGUUUCGCCAGCAGGUUCUGGAGCAACAUCUAGACAUCGGCCGGCCAGGAGAGGCACCCGAACUACGGAACGAGGGGCCGAGGCCCAUCCCAAACCAUCAGGAAUCUGGAGGCAGAGAGCGGGAGCGAGAGCGGGAUAUCCACCCCCACCUCGGUGCUCCUCCACCUCUCAUCUCCCCCAAACCGCAGCCCAGAGACCAUGCCCCUGCCCCUCCCACCACCCUCUGGAACCCCGCCUCGCUGAUCGAAACCUCUUCUGAGUCACGGCGGUCUCUCCACGAGCCACAUUCAGGUCCCUACGACAUCAGCCGCCUCGCUCCGCCUCCCACCAAAACCGAGCGCCAUUUCAGCUCGGAAAAGCCCAAAGACGGUCAUGAGAAGUUCCCGCUCAUCCGGCCUACGGGUUUCUCCGAGCCCCGCCCUUUCCUGGCCGAGCUGGAGAAAUCCACACAGUCCUUUUUGAACCAGCAGAGGGCGGCGCUGAGUCUGAGCACACAAUACGGAGAGCUGAGCGGUACUCUAAAGAGCAGUUCGGUCCAUAAGGGCCUACAGGGACCACCGAUGAGGCCGGGAAGCGAUUCCGUGCUUGUGUACGAUGAAUAUCUGCAGCUGCCUCGACGACUGGUUAGCAAACUGGACCUGGAGGAGAGGAGGAGGAGGGAAGCGAGAGAGAAAGGGUAUUACUACGAGCUGGAUGACUCGUACGACGAGAGCGAUGAAGAGGAGGUGAGAGCUCAUCUCCGGAGAGUGGCCGAGCAACCGCCACUCAAACUGGACGACUCCACUGAGAAGUUGGACUUUCUGCGGAUGUUCGGUUUGACCACCGUGUCUCGACGAGAAGAGCUGCUGGAGCAUAAGAGGAGGAAGAGGAGGAGGAUGCUCCGGGAACGAAGCCCUUCACCUCCGGCUGUGGCCAGCAAGCGCCUGCCUCCUCCGCUUAGCACCCGCUUCACUCCUGAGGAGAUGGACAACAGCCCGGAGCUGGAGGCCAAGAAACGCUUCCUCACCAUGUUCAGCCUCAAUCACCUGAGCAUGCAGCAGAGGAAAGAGAAUGAGAGAGUGGUGGAGCUGCUCCAUGCCAUUAAAAAGAAAACUGUGACUCUAGACACCAUUAGGCAUAAUCCUUUCCCGCUGUGUAAGAGCCCGCUGCUCCAUCAGCAUGAUUCCUCUUCAUCGCAGUCUCCAGGUCAGUCAGGCAAGUUAGUCAGCGCCAGACCCCCCAGUCCACCACCUCCAUCCGCCGGACCUCCUGCCGAACCUUCCUCUGCUCCACCUCCCGAGCACCUCAGACCCAUCUCUGAGCCUCUCAGACAGAAGGACACGCCCCAUCCCCUGCCGUACACCGAAAAAAACAGAGGCAGUGACAUAAUCCUGAGCAAAAAGCCCUCCAGCCUGCUGAACAGUGUGCGUCCUCCAGCGCACCCUAAAGAUGGAGUGGGCAGCCUGAACGGCCGGACCAAGACGUGGGAGAGCUUCACGGCAGAGGAGUUCGCCCAGCAGUUCCACGAGUCGGUGCUGCAGUCCACGCAGAAAGCACUGCAGAAGCACAAAGGUGGCGCCUCGGCCAUCUCCGAGCCCAACCACACGCUGGACUCCACGGUGCACUACAACAUCCCGGAGCUGCAGGGCGGCGCGGGCCGCAGCACACACCCUCACACACACCCCUCGGUCCAGCCCAACGGUCUGCACUGCCCCCCUGUGGCCCGGCGAGACGGACCGCCACGACCCGAACUCUCCACCGAGGAAGACUCAGAUGAAGGAGAUGAUGAAGAGGAGGAAGAGGAAGAGUCUCUGGGACACCGGUGGAAUGGGAUCGAGUCCAUCUUCGAAGCGUAUCAGGAAUACGUUGAAGAGCAAAAUAUUGAGCGUGAGGUGUUGCACAGUCAGUGCAGAAAGCUGGAAGCCCAACACUACAACCUCAGCCUGGCUGCUGAACAGGUCUCUCACUCCAUGGGGGAGCUGAUGGCUCAGAAGCAGAAGCUGGCGGCCGAGAGGGAGAAGCUUCAGGCCGAGCUGGAGCACUUACGGAAGUGUCUGAACAUUCCACAUACGGCCUGGAGCAGGGCUCACUUCAAGGGAUAUCCUCCCAGGUGACAUCACACUGAAUCACCUGCGCCUGUGCUUCGUCCACCCCCCCUCCUUUUCCCUCUUUUCUAACGCCCGGACUCCGGCCCCCCUCCGGUCCUCCAUGACAGAACGAGGGAGGAGGUUCGGAGAGAUGGUGCACCGUGAGUACGCUGAGAAGCUGAGAAGGACUGAUGCUUAAACGCCAAGCCCACAAUCUGACAUAAAUAUGUGCCAUGGAGGUGUAGGACAGGUGCCACGCCCGCUACCAAGCAACCCACCUGGAUCUCGGUCCAUCACACACACACACAAACACACACGCAGAGGUACACACAGCGAUCCAUGCCUUGCUAGGACGGAUCGCGUAGACAAACCGAACGUUCACGUGACUCCCCCAAAAACGUAUAUCGCCAUGGCAACCGCACCAUCUCCGCACCUCGGAGGAGAUCCGAGGAACUUUCUCAACUGGAAAUGCACUUACGAGACAAAACCAGAAGAACUAACUACCUGGAGGUACUGUGUUAUAACAAGAAAAACUCCUUUCAAAAAUAAAAUGCACAUUUUUUUUUGUUGUGGGGGGGGUUAAAAAAAAAAGAAUUAAGGAAAGUUUUAUUCAAGAAAAAAGAAUUUUUAAAGAGGUGCUUCAGCCUUGUAUUGUAAAUAGCGAAACAAAAUGGAAAGGAAUUUUUGUAUGUUUUUAUUACUUACCUUAAUUGUUCUUUGACGAAGAAGAAGAAGGAAAAAAAAGAAGAAGAAGAAGAAAAAAAAAGAAGCCUGCCAUUUUUAAAAAACAGAAAAAACGAAAGAAAAAAUAUGCACAUGCUUUUUAGGGCGUUAAGCUGGAGCCUUGCUUUUAGUGUUUGUAUUGCUGCUGGUCAGGAUAAAGGACGGAGACACACCUCCGGCACAUGUGUGUGUGUGUGAGAGAGAGAGAGUGUGUGUGAGAGAGAGUGUGUGUAUGUGUAGCCUACCACAGUAGCAUCCGUCCCUGAAGGCAGAACGUCACCACUCUCCCCCUCCCUGCACUCUGGACUACUACCGUAGGCUCAUGACCAUUCAAUUGUUUUUAUAUAUAUAUAUUUUAUUUUUUAUUUUUAUGGUGAAACAGCAUGCAUUCUGUACGUCCAAUCCCCCUUUUUAUUUUUCUAUCUUAAAAUUUUGCAUAAUGGAUGUUUAAACAGUGAGUACUGUGCCAAAGGUACCCACAGAGCCACAAAUCACGAUCAUGCCAUUACCUUUAUUAACACAAGAGCUGACGGCCAAAUAAAGCCUCCUUCGCGCCGAUGCUAAGCUCAAAUGCGCGAGGUCCACUCACGUAUCGUUUUUAGCAUCAGAUAUAAACGGAUAUAAUGACAUGAUGCGUGUGUGUGUGUACUCAGGUUAGAAGUACUUAAAACACACACACACACACGGCUUAAAAUCUGACCUUCUACCCUACCUAGUGAGUGUUGAAAGUGAAUAAGACGAACACACGGCUCCUUAUCCAGCCCAAAAAAAGCCACGAGGAAGUUUUAAAUUUGUCUAAUUUUCACGUGAGACUCGAUAAAAACAUGAACCAUCAUUACUAUCAUUAUACUAUAAAAAAGAUCCAUGGUUUCGUAAUGAUAAAGCACCUCUCUUAAAUGACCAAGCCACAUCUCUCCAGCUUUAUCCCUCAUGAAUAACGCAGGGAUCUAUGAAUAUGCAUGAUGUGCAAAUUAGCAACACCUCCCACAUCCUCCUGCCUUUCCUUAAUAGCUAGCUGGCUAGAUGAUUAAUGCAAAAAAAUAUAUGAUAUAAAAUCAUCCACAUCCUUUGACGUGAUUGGUGCAAAUCUAUGGCUUUGUUUAGUGACAUCACAAACAUAGCCCUGCCCAUAGAGUAGUUUUGUACAGAGAGGCAUACAGAGAUUUAACCGCAUCUAUAUAAGGAGAAAAUGUUACUCAAGACUUACUCGUUUAUAUGCUUCAAGGUAUCACAGACCCAAAGAAUCAUAAUCAGCUCGCGCAAAAACGUGAUUCGUUGUCCUGUCUGCUAGCUUACUAACGCUAGCCUGUUUUAUCUCCUAAUCUCUGAGGUCUGCCACGUUCCUCAGUGUCUCCAUUCACGCUCUCGUCCCGUCAGCGGUAGGCCAAAGCAGCAGCUACGUUAGCAAAGUCACCUGACAUUUCUCAAAACAAUCAGUCAGCUUAUCCCAGGUUCAUGUCAUUAGCGCUCAGGCUCACAGGAUGGACCGCACCAGGAGGCGGAUCCAUGUUUACAGACCAGAGGCUGGCCCUAAAGAGCAUCCAUCAUGUGCAAGUGUGUGUGCUUGAGUGAGCACUACCACUGCCUGUCCAGGAGCAGGGACACACCCUCACUCACGCUCUCUCUCUCUCUCUCUCUCUCAGUGACUCUCACCCACCCACCCAUCACACACACACACACACACUCACAGCAAAUGCCCCCCAUCUUCCCCCCAUACCACCACAACCACCCCCCCUGAAACCCAAUGGAGGAUGUCUAGAUGCUGUGAAAUCAUGUUUUUAAGGAAAAAAAAUGUACUUGUUUGAAUUCAAUGUAAUGUAAUAUAUUCUUUGUUGAAUGUAGUAAUUAGGUAUUUAUGAAUAUAUUGCUGUAAUUUCAGACAAAAAAAUAAAAACGCUUCAGAACUGAACUUUUGACUCAA